AUGGCUGGAAAAAACGUUUUCUUCGAUAUUACGGUUGACAAUAAUCCUGUUGGUCGCAUUACGUUCAGACUCUUCGAUGAAAUUGUACCUAAAACUGCAGCCAAUUUUCGAGCAUUGUGCACAAAUGAAAAAGGCUAUGGUUACCAAGGAAGUACAUUUCAUCGGGUAAUUCCGCAAUUUAUGCUACAAGGGGGUGAUUUCACUAGACAUAAUGGCACUGGUGGUCGAAGUAUCUACGGUGAAAAAUUUGCCGAUGAAAACUUUCAACUUAAACACUCUAAGCCUGGACUUUUAUCAAUGGCUAAUGCCGGUCCGAAUACAAAUGGUUCUCAAUUUUUUAUUACCACUGUUGUAACCUCAUGGCUUGAUGGCAAACAUGUUGUCUUUGGUGAAGUUGUUGAUGGUAUGGAUAUUGUCAAAAAACUCGAAAGUUUAGGUUCGCAAUCUGGAGCUACAAAAGCUAAGAUUGCCAUUGCCCGAAGUGGUAUCGUCGAAUAA